UUUAGCUUCCAUUGCACAAACGGAAAUAUCUGCAAGCUCUGCACUUUCAUUUAGCAAUUUGUUCUUCCUCGACCUUAAGAGAAAUAUGGGAGAAGGAGAAAUGAUAAAUAUGAGAGAAGGAGAAAUCCUAGAACAAACAAGAUCUUUGGCAGCUCCUUUUGUCUUCUUCAUCGUCUUCGUAUUUCAAUUUGCCACCAAACGUCUCCAAGAUUUGAAGAGGGGAGCAUCCAAAACUGAUAAGGAAAUGCAGCUUCGUGGGGAGAUUAAGCAGCUUCUGAAAGAGGCUGCCUCCUAUUCACAGCCAUCUACAUUUGCACAAGCAGCCAAGCUUAGGAGGAUGGCUGCUGCCAAGGAGAAGGAACUUGCAAAUUAUCAGGCACAUCUUACCCAAGAGGUGAAACAGUCAUAUGAUUUGUAUUUGAAAGUUUUGUUCGUCGCAAAGGUCUUUAUUCAUAUCGUGUUAGUCUUUUGGUUUUGGAGCUCUCCUGUUGCUUCUGUAUCUCAGCAUCUUUUGCAACCCUUUGGGAGAUUGUUGUCCUUGAAGAUUUGGGGUUCUUCAAGCAACUAUGUCCAGGUUGGAAUCAUACCCUGGUUGGUAUUGUGUUCUAGGGUUUGCAAGUUUGCUUGUCGAAUCGCCUGAGCAAUGCAAGUCAAGCAUGCUUUCGAUCGAUGCUUUCCAUGUUCGGAUUCAUGGACAUCUGCUUAAUUUUGAGAAAUUCAUGUAUUUUAUUUAUCGAUAAAAUAAAACUGAGCAAUUUUGUUUUGUU